AUGAUUCUCCAAACGAUCGCUUUCGAUCUGAAUAUUCAUCUACCUCAUGUCAAUGUCCUUCAGAUUAUGGAAAAAGUCGAUAAAGACGAACAUUACCGCUCACUCAAGUCGUGUGCCUUCUAUUUUGCCACAGAUGUAAUCGCCGUAACCGACUGGUGUCUCCGCUAUUCGGCCGCCUCAAUGUCAAUUGUCAUCAUCUAUUUAAUGGCGGCGUAUGCCAAUGUUCGGAUAGAACGCCUCUUCGCCGACUUCAUGACAGAGGGCUCUCCAUGGUAUGCACAAUUCGAUGAGACAAUGAAUGAAGACAAGUUGAGAGAAAUGGAACGAGACUUCAUCCAAACCUAUCGUAACAGUUGUCAAUUCCAUUAUGCGUCGAAAUAUAACUUGCGUGAGAAUAGACCACCACUCGACCAUCCGGAUGUCAGGAAAAUUGAACGAACUCGUGACGCUCGAAGCCACAGCCCCAUGAUCAAUCAUCAACAAGUUCCAGAUUCCACACAGAACGGAAGGCCACGUGGAUAUGUGCCAAAAGACGAGUUGACAGUGGAGAGAUUGAACAAGGAGCGGCUAGUUGAAGAGGAACGACGAAAACGAGAUCAUGAUCGAAUGGCGGGAAGAAUUGAUAACUCGACGAGCAGUGAAAAACGCGCCCGCAUCGAUCCUCUCUCCAAUAAUUUCGUGACGUCUCCAUCGAUGACGUCAUCAGUUUCGAAUGGGAAACUCCUCCCACCGCCUCCAAUACCUCCACAACUCAACUAUCCACCACCACCACUUGGAGGAUACUCAACGAAUAAUCAACAGAAGAGUCAAAUGAAUCGACGACCGUUUGAACAGAUGACAACCACGUCUUCUGGGUCACCGGCGUUUCGAGCCAGUGCCCGCGCAUUCGACGUCGCCCCAAUGUUGACUCCACCAGUCGCUCCGAAACUUCAAAAUCUCUCGGAUUCUGAUAUGGAUUUGGAGGAUGGAGAGGUGGAAUGA